AUGGCCGCAGCGCAGCGCCCCUGUUUCGACUCUCGCCCUGCUUCUAGAUCUGCAUCCAGUCCCCGAAGCUGGGAUUCCUGGAUCAGUAAUGCGGAGUGCAUGUAUUGAGGGACCUAGACCUCGAAGAUUUUCGAGCAUCUCCAGGAGGCCGAUUUCUGCAGUGGGCGUGGACAGAAGUAGACCGCGCGAAGCAAUCCUCGGGGAUGGUCAGAACUCCAUCUUGGGGGAUAACUCGGUCUUUCCAUGGAGGACUGGGUGCAUGUUUUUGUUCGCAGGCAAUUUGCAUGUAUCGAUCCAAGCCUGGCAUGACUGAGUGGCAAAGAGUCAACAACAAUAGGAGACUACUGAGCGGCAGGACCCCCGCUUGUCGUCGUAAUGGACGCGUGGCGCCGUGGUCGGGGCAGCCGUCGCAGUUACUCAACUCAUUCCUUGGCGACAAGCAUGCCAGUUCUAGAUCUCUGUCCCGCGACUCCAGCGUCGGGCCAAUCGCUCUGGUUGCUCCGGGCUCAGCAACACGGCCAGCCAGUCCAGCUCGGCUGAUGUGCGAGGAGGUUGCGCUCCUGGCGUUAGGGCGAGGGCGCCAGCGACGCCACGUCCGCGCCCAUGGAGCUGAACUUUGGCCGGAGCCCCUCGUGGCAUUCCCACGUUCGCUCACUAAGGCGGCCUUAGCUUGCGCAGCUGAGUUACAGCGGCCGCCUUUGUCCGAUAAGCUGCGAUGGCAUUUCUCUGUAGCGGUUUUUGGUUGGAGCUUCUUAUAUACUCGCUUGGUUCUGUGUUUUGCUCGUCUCCGUGUUGCUCUCAGCUCUUCUCCUUAUUCCGCUUUUCGGCUUGCCGACAACUACAUCGAGCUUCGUAGCUUCUCUUAACUCAACGAGCAAGUGCAAGGUCAAAGAUCGACACAUUUCUUCGUGUACUUCUCAUACUACUUCCUAUCUUCGGAAACCACAAGAACGCCUACAUCUCAGUUCACAAACCACCAAAC